AUGGAAGCUGAUAAAGAAAAUAUAAAUAAAUUGAAGCUAAGAACAAGGAUUCCAUUGCCAGUCGAUCCUCUGCCUGCGUUGCCAAAACAUUUAGUAGAGAAUAAAAAGGAACCAAAAGCUAUGACCGAGAGAUAUCCUUUAAAGACUCUGAAGUCACAGCAAAAUUUGGCGUUACCUGGUCCUAGUAAUUUACACAAACAAGUUGACGUAAGACCUAAAAUACGAGUUGAUACUAGACAUGUAACACGUAGAGCUAAAGCAGAAGUAUUGGACUGGGAUUUUAAAGUUUUCAAAGAUUGCGUAGCGGAAGAUGAUAACGUUAUUAUAAUAAGUGACGAUGAAGAUAAUAGCAAAAAGGACGAAUAUAAGUUUAUUGUUUCGAACAAACAAAAGAGUUGUCUCGGUGAAACUAAAGAUGCAGUAACACCGGUUCUUAAAUCUUUAGAACCGAACAGAGUGAAAAAUCUGAAAAGGAGUUUGAAAAGGCCACAUAGUAGGGAGUUGCAAGGUUUGUCCCCAUUAGACAAAGAGCAAAGGAAAACUCAGGAGAAGAAAAGGCAAAAAUUACAUUCUUGUGAACCCUUAAACGAGAGGUUAAUGUCCCCUGACUUUUGUCUCAAGUCGGUGGGUGCCGAUGGAAAUCCAGCUGUUAUUCAAACAGCCGUCUGGUAUUUAGACUCAGUGCUGGCCACAGGUCUAGUGCAAGUGACCCAUCUGCAACUGAUCGCCGCCGCCUGCUACUGGAUCGCACGCAAGCUACAUGGUCCCGGUGUCUGCAAAUUUCCAUCACAACCAGUUGUAGCCCAAGAAUUUAUUGGCUACUUCUCAUGGUGGUGCGACCAGUGUCAUCCUGGGGAAAUAGAGGUGGCAGCCACCUUCCUCUGCAUGUGUGGUCUAAUGGUGGACACGAGUCUGUGCAGCGAAUGCCCAUCGGUCGUUGGAGCAGCUGCUGUUUAUAAUUCUUUGUUGUUACUCGGGAAAGAAGAAUCGCUAACACGCCUUCAGAUAUGUCCCAUGUAA